AUGAAGUACUUUAAAGUUUGGAAUAGUGGAAAACAUGCAAGUUUAGCUGUCACUUUUACUUGUGAAUUGGCAUUCAUACUUUUUGGAAUUGAGCAGGGGAUCGUUGGUAACUUAAUAAAUGGAGAUGACUUCUUAAAUCAAUUUGGGAAUCCAGGAUCCACUUUUUUAGGAAUUAUUGUUUCUAUUUAUACAUUAGGAUGUUUUUUUGGGUGUAUUCUCAACUAUUUCACAGGAGAUUCCUUGGGAAGAAGGAGGACAAUCGCAGUAUCAAUGGUGGUAAUAAUAAUAGGUGUAGCUCUUCAAACAAGCGCUUUUUCUGUUCCUCAUUUAAUGAUAGGAAGAUUUAUUACUGGAUUAGGAACAGGCAUGGAGACCAGCUCUGUCCCUAUGUACCAAGCUGAGCUAUCAAGGCCUACCUCUAGAGGUCGUUUGGUAUGUUCAGAAGCUUUAUUUGUGGGUAUUGGCUUGGUAUAUGCAUAUUGGCUUGACUAUGGACUAUCUUUUGUUGCUGGUCCAAUAAAUUGGAGAUUGCCAAUAGCUACGCAGAUUAUUUUUGCUCUUGGUGUAUUAGCCCUCACUUUUACAGUUCCUGAAUCUCCGAGAUACUGUUUCUUCAAGGGGAGAAAAGAAGAAGCGAGGCAGAUAUUAUCCUAUGUCUUAGGAAAACCUGAAACUGAUCCUGAAAUAGUUUCAGCUUAUGAGGAAAUAGAGGAAGCUAUGCUUUUAGAGACAGAAGAAGGCUCUUACACAUGGAAAAGGCUCUUCAAGCCAGACAAGCCUCGGACCAGAACAAGAGUCAUCCUAGCAUAUAUGUCAAUGUUUGCUCAGCAAAUGGGAGGCGUAAAUUUGAUAAAUUACUAUAUUACUACAGUUUUAAUUCACAAUGUCGGCCUUGAGAGAAACUUAGCCAUGAUUCUUGGAGGUGUGUCUGAAAUAUGCUUUACGAUUGGAUCUAUUGUUCCUUCAUUAUUUGCUGACAAACUUGGAAGAAGAUUACCUCUAGUCUACGGCUACUUCGGUUGUGGUAUUUCAAUGCUUAUGAUCUCCAUACUUUUAAGCUUUCAAAGUAACCCUGAUCUCCAGAAGAGCACCGGUGCUGCCGCUGUUGCUUUCUUUUUCAUUUACCAAUUGGUAUUCGGUGCCUCUGGAAAUUGUAUUCCUUGGGUGAUUGUUCCUGAAAUUCUUCCUUUGCAUGUGAGAGCCAAAGGAACAGCAAUCGGGAUUUCGGCCAAUUGGUUGUGGAAUUUUUUCGUUGUCGAAAUUACUCCAACAAUAAUAACAAGACUCAAAUGGAAGGCGUAUUUGAUCUUUACUUGCACAAACUUUUCGUUUGUCUUUAUGUUUUAUUUCUUUUUCCCAGAAACAAAGGGACUCACUUUGGAAGCCAUUGAUCAGCUUUUCUGCGACAACAGAACUAUAUUCAUGGGUUUAGUAAAUACUGACUCGUUGAGAAUGAAGCUUCCAGAUAACUCAUCCCAAACAUCAACUGCAAAUGAGAAGGACCCGGCAUUGGAACACGUUGAAGUUGUCUAA